AUGUCGCCGUAUCAACAAAUCUUCUCCACCAACGCCGUCCUAAGCGUCUGGCGCAAUCUUCGCAAUACCAAGGAUAACAACGACCUUCUCCUCGCAUUUCAGUACCACCAAGAUGACAACCGCGGCCAGAAGGGCAAGAAGUAUGCCAAGGGUGGCGUCGUGGAACACUCGCAAGAGGUCGCAGAUGGAAAAGCGAUAGACGUUGGUGGCAAGAGCAUUGGCUUUGUUGUGCCAUGGCGGGCCAUGCAGGCUCAGAGACGCGAACUGAAGGAAAAGGAAAAAGAGCUCGCUGAAGCACUAGUGGCACUGGCUGGAGAGGUUGCGUUUACGGAUCUCUCUUCCACCCUGCAGUCUUCGCUCACGCAAAACCCUCUCAUCCAGAUCCGCCACCUUGCCGCUGGUCUGUCCCGUCAGAUGUCGAAGAUAGAGAUACAAAUGGCCGACAAUGCUCCUUUUGCAAAUGGAAAGAACCUAUACACCGGCGGCGAGAUAGCGCAAAGGUUUCUCCCGCCGAUACAAACACUCUUCCAACAGCGGCCUGUACCCCAGCGUAUGAUCUUUGAACUGCUCAUGGAGCUGAAAGACCUUAUCUACAUGGGUAUGGCAGGCUGUGAGAAGGAGGUCUUGGAGUGGGAAGUGGAUGGCGCUGCGAUUGGAGCGCUUGAAGAACUGGACGACGCGAUGGUCAGAGCAGUCACACCAACAGUCCCAGCCAUCGAACCGGAGCAACGAAAAGAGGCUGAGACUGGGCCCAGGCGUAUACUGAGGCGCAAAGCUUCGAGCCUCAUCUCGAACUCUGUUGUAGUGCAACAGCCCGUAUCAUUCCUGCUUGCAGCGCCAGAAGAACUCCUUUACAGUCUCGAAUCGCUCGAAACGACAGCGCUCGCGCUUACACACCUCCCACUCCCUAUACCCGAUCUCUGCGCACACGCCGUUAUAACCCUACGCCGUCUCACACCUCGGCAAACUCUCACAGACUUCUCACAGCAGAAGAAACGAAGGAAUGGCCGGUGUGCAGAGUUCGCGCGUUGUAUGAGGUGGGCUGGUACGCAGUGGCGGCAAAACGGCGGAUGUAGGAGAGGUUGCUUGAACGAAGACGAAGAUCCCGAAAACCUUCCUAGCUGGCAUAGAAGUAGUCGCUGGUUCGAUGAGAAGGGCAGUGGGACAUUUAUGGUCGGUGGAGGAAGGGCGACGCCGAAAGACGAUGGAUUCGGUGUGAUCAAGAUGACGCCUUCGUAG